CUUGGAUAGAAAUAAAAAGAAAAGGAUGAAACGACUUGUUAUAAAAUGUGUAGUCACAUUCCUUUUGAUUAGUGUUUCAAUAACAGAAUCAAUAGAGAAUCAACAUAGACACAGAGACAAAGACAAGCAAGGUUUGGUUAGAAGACACAGAAGAGCCAAAAGCAGAAGAAGAAGCUCAAGCAAAAACGGUGAAGCAUUCGCAACUAAAUGCGAUGUGUUUUUCCGGUGUGUAUUCGGCACAUGCGGUCAAUGGAAUUUCCCUAUAGUUCCUUGUCCUCAAAACCCUUUUUUGCCUCCUCCUCCGGUGGUUAUACCACCGCCAACUCCUUGUGUUAAUUGUGUACAACCAUCACCACCACCUCCAAUACCAGUUCCUUGCCCACCACUAUCGCCACCGCCAAUCCCGGUUCCUUGUCCACCUCCACCAUCACCUCCUCCUCCUGUGCCUUGCAUUACUUGUGUCACAGCUCCAGCACCGGUUCCUCCGGUGCCUUGCGUUACUUGUGUCACAGCUCCAGCACCGCCUCCUCCUCAACCGUGUAUUGUUUGUACCAAAGCACCGGCUCAACCUCCACCAGUAGCUUGUCCACCGCCACCAUUACCGCCGGUUAUCCCAUUUGUCCCUACACCAAUUAUACUCCCUCCAUUACCACCUUUAUUCCCAGUUCUGUCACCACCAGCAACGCCUACGCCAGUCCCAAUCCUACCUCCACCUACUCCACUGCUACCUCUUCCUCCACCUACUCCGGUGCUACCUCUUCCGCCACCGUUAUCUUCCUCUAUUCCAUCACCAUCCCUUCCAUUAGUAUUAUCUCCCCCACCACCACUACCAGGCGGCUCGGUUUCACAGCCACCGUUUAUGAUGACGCCAACUCCUGUAUUAGGCGGCGGUGCUCCGGGAUUCAUCGGUAUACCUCCGCCGGUGCAAGACCUCCCUCCUAUUUUACCUCCACCGGUUCAAGACCUCCCUUCAAUAUUGCCUCCACCGGUUCAAGACAUUCCUUCCAUGCUUCCUCCACCGGUUCAAGAAUUCCCGCCAAUUUUGCCUCCACCGGCCCAAGACCUUCCUUCAAUGUUUCCUCCACCGGCUCAAGAGUUCCCGCCAGUUUUGCCUCCACCGGUUCAAGACUUUCCACAGAUUUUACCUCCACCGGUUCAAGAAUUUCCGCCGAUUCUACCACCACCGGUUCAAAACUUCGCACCGGUUUUCUCAACACCACCAAUCUUACAAGAUCCACCAACAGAACCAAUAUUCUCCACACCACCAGCUCUUGGAGAAUUCCCACCGCAAGCUCCCGUCUUCACCACGCCGCCAGAAGUAACGAAUCCAUGGCUGCCGCCAGAGCAACCGCCGGUUACGUCCAUACCAACUGUACCGGAAAAUCCAUAUCCAAACCCGGACAUGGGUUCAAAUCAGCCGUUGGUUCAGCUUCCUCCACCCUCUUGGGAUUCACCACCAUUUAACCGUUAACUUUCUAUAAAAUCUUCAAAUUCUCUUCUUUUUUUUUGGUUUUUUGGUUAAAUCAUAAAUAUGUAACGUAAGCUACACGUAAUAAGCAGCAAUGCCACAUUGUAACAAAUCUAUGGCUGUGAUUUGCAUUUCAAUGAGUUUAUAAUCAAGAUUAAGUUCAUCGUUGCC